AUGAUUAGUUACGCGUACUUCAUAAUAAUCCUAUCUGCACUUGCAUAUUAUGCCGAAGCAAUUUAUCGUCCGGUCGUUCUUUGGCAUGGAAUGGGCGACUCCUGCUGUAACCCAGACAGCAUGGGCAAGAUACAGGAGUUAAUCAAUGACACUUUGCCGGGAACUUACACAUACUCGAUUAUGUUAGGAAAGGACGAAGGUGAAGACAAAAAAGCGG